CUGGGAACGAGGCUAUGCUCAGAAUGGACCACUCACUAGCAGAAGGAGAAUUAACUAUCUUUACCAAACUAGAAAACUAAACUAAAUGUGGAACCACCUCUGCUAGCUAUAUAGCUAAUAUCUAUGGUCUAUGCUAUACAUAAGUAUAUUGAAUAGCUCUAUACAUGGGGAUCUCUGUGGAGUUGUGGAGAGCUCGCAUUGGGCUAUUCAGUGGUGGGAGGGGAUCACGACCACACAGUAAAGCUCCCUCGACAAAACAGCAGCCUCUACACUUCAGUGAUACAGUGGGUACUACUGCGAAAGUGGUUCAAGGAGGAUUGCUUUUAUUGUAUAUUCUCACAUUUCUGAGCUCUCAAGAUAAAACUGAAUUCCUAAAACGCACAAGAAAUGUUGGUCUCCUGGUGAUACUGAUUGCUGUGUUGCUCCACUCUCUUGCCCACCUCUUGCUGUUAGCUGGAGACGUUGAGAGCAAUCCUGGGCCUCAAAUGGAUGACGCACUAACAAUGGAUGAUUUAAACGAAGCUCACACUAAACUGUACGACUCUCGGAACAAAUGGUUCGAGAUUGGACAAGCUCUACAUGUUGAGGAUGUCAUACUAGAUAGCAUCAGAAAGCGGUAUGCUAAUGAUGGCAGCACCUGUCUUCGUGAAAUGCUUGAUCACCGUUUGAAAUCAGUGCCUCCUCUAACCUGGAAGGAGUUACUUAAUACUCAGUAUGCAUAUCUGUCAUUAGGAUCAUCUGCUCAACCAGUGAGUACAGUUCUUCAAGUGCUAUUGGACAAAUAUCAACUCAGUCCUUCUCAAGUCGACUGUCAAAUUCAACAAACGCACAUACCAUAUUUGGCUGCCUUUUUUGAUAAUGUUGGUUUCUAUGUCGAUGUGAUGGAAUUAACCCCUGGUGAACAAACCGAUGUCAAAGGUGCAGAAGCUAAUCAAUUAGCCGUGAUCAAGUGCUUGAAACUCUGGAAAGGAAAGAAUCCUGCACGAGCGACAUUCAUGACCCUUCUGGAGAUGUUGGUAAAGUUAAAGAAGGAAGAGAUUGCCGAUCAAAUCUGUCAGUACUUAAAAGAGGAUAUCAUCACCUCACUUCCAACACAGUCUAGUAUUCAAGAAGCAUCUAACUCACCUGAAGAAUCCAGUGCUUCAAGACGUUAUACCCAAGAAACACCCUCCUCUGCCAAGUGGGAGCUAGACUCGCUAGAAAUGGAUGAAGCUUUCUCAAAGUUGGUGCUCCAACUUCAGCAGUCUUUGGAAACUCGAAUUGUUUUGAAGAAGUUGACGUCUUGUUUAAUGGAUGUGAGUUGCUACCAGAAAGUAUUUAAAGGCCCUAACCAGUGUUUGUUUCGAGACAAGCGAGAAGAAUUACGUGCAGCUAGCGAUUUCUACGAUGUAUGGGAUAUUAUCCGAGACUACGUCUCAUAUUUUUCGUAUGGCUUGAUUAAAUAUCUCACUGACAAUCUUGGAAGCAAAGAGGACCAGGAUAACUUAAUAGUUUAUGUGAAAGAGUUUGAAGAAUAUGCUAAACGAAGGAUUCAGUACCCAACAAAAAUUGGUUCGGGCUACAGAGACGAUAGCUCUAAAAUGAUUGUGAAGCUCGACUCUACUUACGACAAAUGUGAGCUUCUCUACUUGAAACAAUUUGAAGAAAAUCUAGCAAAAAUACUCAAAGUCGAAGCAAAUGCGUUAUUACUUCGUGGAAUUAAUGAAGGCUGCGUUCAACUUGUGUUCGAGGUACCCUCUUUCAUUCCUCCCAACAUCUUCCCACUCACACUCAAUCAAGAAGCAGAACUAAAGGAUCUUGGGGUGAUCCAAUUGGACUGCGGGGACCAUCAUUUCCGACUACAGGAUGCCACGUCUCACAGUUCAGAUAGUGAUGCUGACUCGGACAACGAUGACAAUCAAAGUGCUCAGCCAUCUGUGGAACUCGACGAUCAGUCAAUAGCUGUGAAAUCAAAGAGUUCUCAUUCUGACUCUGGAUAUAAUACUGUGUCAUCAAAACGUCUACCUAGCCAAACCUCAUCAACAGUACAAACCGAAUUUGAAACUGACCUCGACGCAGAUCCACAGUUGAAUGACAUAGCUUUACGUGCGACAAGUUUGCUGUCAGGCAUUAACUCUUUCCCAGCAUACAUACGCCUUCAUGCCAAAUGGAAUGAAGUACCACCAAUCAAGCUUCAUUCAGCCGUAUUCAAUGGAGAAAUAACCCAAGUUCGGUUCCUGAUUGAAGUUCUAUACUGGAACAAUUCUGUUGAGCAAGGUCAAUUUCUACUUCACAUUGCAGCAGCUUAUGGACAUCUCAAUAUUGUUAGGUACUUCAUUGAAGACAGGAAACUCAAUGCGGCAACUGAAUCCAUGGACAAAGAAACACCACUUCAUCUUGCCGCGCUCAAUGGACAUCUACAUAUAGUUAAGUACCUUGUCGGUACUCAGCAAGUGGAUCCUACGAGUCUGGACAACAAUAAUUUCUCUCCACUACACAAUGCCUGCAGAAGUGGGAACAUUGAUGUAGUAAAGUACUUAAUGUCUGAGAUUCAGCAACAACAACCACUCGAUGUGAAUGAGAAGGCCAUCGAUGGAAUUACACCUAUCCAUUUUGCUGCUGCAACUGGUAGCCCGGAUUUGAUACGAUUUCUGCUGAAAGAGCUUAAACCUUCCUUUCAAGUGAUAGCUGCGUGUGACCUGCAAAGCAAAGACAAGAAAGGGAGGUUGCCUUUUCAGAAUGCUGCAAUGUAUGGCCACACUGAAGCUCUAAAGCUGUUAUUGAAGGAACCUGACGUACAAGUGGACUCGUUGAUGAAGGACAACCUCACAGCUCUACACUUGGCAGCCGAACAAGGACACUUAGAGUGUGUACAAAUUCUUCUUCAAAAAGGGGCCAAUCCAGAUGUUCAAGACUUUGUGAGUAUUUAA